CUAGAAAAUUUCGUAUAAAACCAUAAACAAAAGCAAAACCAGCAGCCAUAUCCUCUUCGUUUUCUGGAUUGGCCCAUUUCACUCUCAAUCCUUUUCAUCACAUCAAAUAUCCACCAAUUAUUUUAUUAAUUCCUCUUUUCUCAGAAGAUAAACUCUAAAAGAUGGGUGUCUACCUUAGCACACCUAAGACUGAGAAAUUCUCUGAGGAUGGUGAAAACAGCAAGGUUAAAUUUGGAUUGUCUUCCAUGCAAGGUUGGCGCACGACCAUGGAAGAUGCUCAUGCUGCCUUUCCCGAUCUGGAUGAUUCGACUUCAUUCUUUGGCGUUUAUGAUGGUCACGGAGGUAAGGUAGUUGCCAAGUUCUGUGCGAAGUUCCUUCAUCAACAAGUGCUUAAGAGUGAAGCAUAUUCUGCUGGAGACCUGUCAACAGCUCUGCAAAAAUCUUUCUUUAGAAUGGAUGAAAUGAUGCGUGGACAAAGAGGGUGGAGGGAGUUAGCUGUUCUGGGUGAUAAAAUAAACAAAUUCACUGGAAUGAUAGAGGGGCUAAUAUGGUCUCCAAGAGCUGCUGAUGGCAAUGGGCAUGAUGAUGAUUGGGCCCAUGAAGAUGGGCCUCAUUCAGAAUUUUCUGGUCCUACUUCUGGAAGCACUGCUUGCGUGGCUGUAAUUAGGGAAAAUCAACUUCUUGUGGCCAAUGCUGGUGAUUCCCGUUGUGUAAUCUCCAGAAAGGGUCAGGCUUAUAAUUUGUCUAGAGAUCACAAACCUGAACUGGAUGCCGAGAAGGAAAGAAUAAUGAGAGCUGGCGGGUUUAUCCAUGCAGGACGGGUCAAUGGCAGUCUGAACCUUGCAAGAGCUAUAGGUGACAUGGAGUUCAAGCAAAAUAAAUUUCUUCCCGUUGAAAAGCAAAUUGUAACAGCAAAUCCUGACAUUAAUGUGGUUGAACUUUGUGAUGAUGAUGAUUUUAUGGUGCUAGCUUGUGAUGGCAUAUGGGACUGCAUGUCAAGCCAGCAGCUUGUUGAUUUUGUACAUGAACAAUUGAGCACGGAAAAUAAACUAUCUGCAAUUUGUGAGAGAGUGAUGGACAGGUGUUUGGCCCCUUCAACUGCUGGCGGAGAAGGCUGUGACAACAUGACGAUGAUCCUAGUUCAGUUCAAGAAACCCAUACAACCACAUGCCCCUGCAUCUACAAAUGAGGAGCCAUCACCAUCUGAGCCAAGCCAGCCUGUGACUGAAGCUGAUAAUUCCAAACAAGAACCAGAACAGACUGGAUCGAGCUAAUUUGAUACAUCACAUAUAACUUGCAGAAAUUGUUCACUGUUAAUUUUUCAGGUUGUUGUAAAUGAAGCUGACUCAACAUGAAGAUAUGACUCAACUGCUGGUAAUAUACUUCUGUUCUAUGGUGCAUAUAACGAAAAACUGGAGCUUAAUAGGAUGUACAGAUUUUUGGUGUUAAAUCAUGUUCUUUCCAGGAUUAGGAAAAUAUGCAGACUAUUUAUUGACGCUGAUUACUACAUAAUGUCUUCUUGUUGUGGUUAUUCUCUCCUA